AUGUCCAGCAUGUCCAGUAAAGAAGCAAGAAAAAUGAAUGAUGAAGAAUGCAAGGCGGAGGUCGUAUUUAGUGACAAGACAAAUCUCCUGCCGAUCCACUGUGUGAAGUAUUCGGCACCCCAUCCGAGAUUAACCUCAACGAACUUCGGGGGAAGCUCAACGUCACUCAACCUUUCCGCAUCGGUUUCAGUCAUGAAGCCAGAAUCAGAUGAUGAUAUAAUCGCUGAGCUGGAGAUGGAAUAUCUAGCGGCGAAAGCAUCUGAAGAAAAAACAGUAGAGUCGGUAGAGAAAAAGAAGAAAGUUGAGGUUAAGAAAACGUUUCAGAGUGAGGAAAAGAAAGAGGAGAAAAAGCGGUGUUCACUUGAGGCAUAUAAACCAACAUGGGCAGAAACUUUUUUGGUGAUCGGAGCGUUGUUUGCUCCGUUGAGUCGUGGUUUUUCUACUGGUUUUACAUCUCCAAGUGUAACGAAAUUUGUAAACGAUAGAAUUUUAAAUGUGGCAAGUGGGGACGUAUCGUUGUAUGGCAGUUUGGUUAGUUUUGGUGGGAUGGUUGGAUGUUUAAUUGCAGGACCAGCGAUGGACAAGUGGGGAAGGAAGGAUGUUUUAUUUGGAUGUGCAAUUCCUCAAGCACUUGGCUGGCUGCUAAUCGCAAUAUUCGGUGAUUACUGGCUAGCCGUUAUGACGAGUAGGUUCUUAACUGGCGUCGGCAGUGCGAUGGUAUUUUCAGCCUACGGAACCUAUAUUGCAGAGACAGUGGACAGGAGACGCCGUGGUAUGAUGUGUGCCGUCUGCGAGCUGUGUAUAUCUAUGGGCACGACGGCAGCCUACUUCUUCGGAAUCUACUUGAACAACAGAUACCUGGCUUUGGUAGGGGCUGCAUUGACCCUGCUUCUCAUGAUUGGAAUGUUCUUCCAAAAUGAAACUCCACGCUGGCUGGUUGGAAAGGGGUAUUUGAAAGAGGCCUUUAGAGUUCUAGCAUUGUUACGUGAAAGAGAAUCUGAAGCUGAUAUCAACGGUGAAAUAAAUGAAAUUGUUGCCAGGCACAAUGAGGUUCAAAAAUUCAACGAAAAAAUUCGAUUGGAAUGUUUGGAAAUUCAGCAGAAGAAAAAAGAGACAGAGCAAGAAAACGAGCUUCAGAAAAAACAAGAAGUGAAACAAAACGAGAAAAAGGAAGAAAUAAAGCCUUCCCCAUCGUCGUCGUCAUUGUCAUCACAAUCAUCUUUCUCCACAGUAUCUCUGUCAUCUGAAUCUGAAAUUGAAGUUGCCCCGAAGAGCAGAACGGACUCUUUCAAAUCCUCAGCUCAUUCAACAACGCCACUGAAACGGGCGACAUCUACGAAGCAAUGUAACAUUUUCGUACACACCAGCAUCCUUCUUAAAAAGUUGAAGCGUGUGCAGCGUCAACUCAUCAUCUGCCUGCCGAUGAUGUUUCUGCAAGGAUUGUGCGGUCAGACAGCAGUCAUCGCUUUCAUGAAGUCCAUCUUUAAGCUUUCAAACAUGGAAGACAGAUCGGCGGAGUACGCUUCAGUGUAUGUCGGCUGUCUGAGGAUCGUCACAACAGCCAUUGCCAGUGUGAGUGUUGACAGAUUGGGACGAAGGAUGUUGCUGAUGGUUGGAGGCGUGGGUCAGGCCGUAAGUUUGAUUGCCAUGGGAUGCGCUUUCUACAUCGCAAAAAUGAACAGCAGUGCAUCGUUGGCAGAAACUGGUUUGAACGUGACAAACUUUAUGAACUCGUCAUCUUUAUUGAACGAGUCAUCCUUAGCAGUAGCACCAAUCAUCGUCUUGAAUCCCGUCUCGACCGGUCUACUCUUUGCUGGAAUUUGUUGCUACCUGGCCUGCUACAGUUUUGGAUGGGGCACCGUUCCAUCCAUCAUAUUAUCAGAGAUGUACCCUCAGACGAUAAGAGCCGUGGCAUCGAGUGCUUCGACAUUCAUCGGAUUACUUGCCGGUUCACUGACGAUAUUAUUUUUCCAUCCUCUCGUCUCCGCUCUCGGCGAGUCGGGUACAUUUUGUUUGUUUGCAGUCGAUUGCAUAGCUGGAGCUUUCUACGCCUACUUCAUCGUUCCUGAAACGAAAUCGAAGAGCCUGGAAAGUAUCGAAGAAUUGAUUUCCGGCAGAAUCGACGAACCGACAGAUGCACCGGCCAAGGAACUGGCCGUCAAGUUUUGUUUCAUCGGCGAUACUGAAAGAGAGAGUGUAGAAUUAUUCGCAUACAGCGAUGCCAGGAAAAGGAGUUGCUACGAAACUCUAACAUGACUUGUUGCUUCGACAUUCUGAAACUUACAUACAUAACUGCCGUACACCUUUGUGCACUGCUUGUUUAAUUCUUCUUUUUAUAUGUUUUCAUCAGACUUUGCUUAAUUUGCUGUAAAUAUUGACGCUGAACACACGUGGUGUAUAUUUAUUAUAUAUAAAUGGUAUGUUAAUUAUUAAUUAUGAAAUUUGAAGCUAUUUUGAAGUUAUUUAUUUACACGUGUGUGAAAAAUAUUAAUUUCGUG